AUGCCUUCCAACAGCAACAACAACACCUCCAAACCACGCACCCGCUACCAAAUAAUCAAAGAUGGAUGGGGUAAUCGUCCUAAUUUCCAGUAUUCUUAUGGGUUGAAGAUGACUCCUGAAGAUAUCGAAGAAGGAAAUCUAAUCCUCGACGAAUUCGUCAGGAUCGAACGCGAAGAGUGGGAGGAAAGGCAGAGAGAGGAUGCCGCUCGUCGUCGUUGA